GGUUCCUCGAAGCGACAAGGUGUGCCCCCUUGGUGUCCCAACUUGUCAACACGGCGUGGCCAGAGAUUCUGUGGUCAGCCAUGCCUGUCCCCCCUCCUCCCCCUCCCCCUGCACCCCCUCCACCUCCACCACCCUGUACUGCUCACCCACCACAGUCUCGGCCAGACCCUCCUAGUCUCCAGAGUGUUGGAGGAAGAGGGGGGAGGAACGCCCUGUUAGUAGACAUUCAGAAAGGAGCCAGGUUGAAGAAGGUUUUACAGGUCCAUGACCGUAGCGCACCAGUUGUCGACAAGCCCAGGGCCAGUGGUGGUGUGUCCCAGGACCAUCCCCAGGGGGGAUCAGGAGGAGGGGCGGAGGCUGUGAGGCCCUCUCUAGGGGGCUUGUUCUCUGGCGGGUUCCCCAUCCUCAGACCCGCUGGGCAGAGAGCCUUCACAGGGAAGAGCGUGGUUUCACGCUCUAGCUCAUCAACGGGACUGAAGCCUCAGUGGAACCCUCCACCGACAUCGUCAGACGGUGGCCACACCCCCGAGCCCUACCAUAGGCCGACAGAGAGAGGAAGCCCUUCCCACCGCCCUGCCCACUCAGCCUCCGCACCUCCCUCCCCUUCUCACAGUAAACCUCCCCUCUCCAUUACUGUCCCCACCACCACUCUUCCUCCCCCUCCUCCCUCAUUCCAUGAGCGUCCCAGCAGCAGGCCUCCCCCCAUCCCUACCGGUCCCCCCCCUCCUCCCCCUACCCAAGUCACCAAGCCUACCUGGCUCCCCAUCCAGCACCCUCACCCCUUACCCCAGCCCUCUACCCCUCCUCCCUCCACGCCCCCCUCCUCCCUCCCUAACCGGAACUCUGGUUUCUUCUACCCGCCUCCUUCCUCCCCCAUCCUCUCCACCUCCCUCCCCCCUCCUCCCUCCCCUGUCCUCUCAUCCUUCCCCCCUCCUCCCUCCCCCCGUCGUCUCCUCCCUCCCCCCUUCUUCCUCCCCCAUCCUCUCCUCCUCCCUUCCCCCUCCUCCCUCCCCUGUCCUCUCCCCUUCCUCUGAAUUGAGGUUCUCUAUCUCUGGUCCCCACGGCCCCCCUCCUCCUCCUCCUCCACCCCUCCCCGCCUCAUUCACCCCUAGCUGCCCCUCCUGUCUGCCCCCUCCACCACCCAAGAUGCCCCCUGUGCCGUCUCCUGCCAUGCGGCCCCCGGUGCCCCCCUCCUACCCCUGCACUGCACCUAGUCGACGACCACCAGCUGUGCCCAGGAGUGCAGGUGUGGGGAGGUCGUUGGCUUCUCCCCCUGUCCCACCGGCCCGCUCCUCGUCCACCGAGCUGACCAACCGGAUCCCUCCCCCUCAUCCUCCUCCCCUUCCCCCGUCCUUAAUGAGGAAUGGACACAGUCUAAGCUUGCACAGCCUGGAUGACUUUGAGUCUAAAUUUCAGUUCCACCCAAUAGAAGACUUUCCCCCUCCAGAGGAGUUUUGGCCCUUUCCACGCAUCUACCCAAGCAGAGAGAACCAAGGAGUGAUCAGGACACAGCUAUGGUGAUGCAGUGAGACAACAUGGACCCCCCACCCCCACACAUCCAACAGCUGGCCCAACACAUCCUCUUCAUCCUACAUUAUCCUCAUCCUCUGUCCCCAGGGGCCAUGCUCAUGGACGGAUAAUUGAGACUGUGUGUGUGUGUGUGUGUGUGUGUGUGUGUGUGUGUGUGCGCGAAUGCAAUACCGUGCCACACCCAGUGCAGGCUAUGUGACCUCCAACCUUCUCCAGUGUGGAAUGUUUUGAAUGUGUCACGAGGGUAGAACCCAACAGUGUUCUCUCCCUCUCACUAUAUAUAUAUAUCUAUUGAUAAACUUGGUGGCACCAGCCCUGAAUGCUGAUUGGCUGACAGCCAUGAUAUAUCAUGGGUAUGA